AUGGAAGUGUCCGCCUGGUUCGAACAGGCAGAGUUCAACUUCAUGGAUCAUCAGGUGAAAGGUGCCGUCGUGCCACUCAUCAAAGACUGGAAGGACCUCAUGUCCGAGGUUUCGGAGAAGCAGAGUCUUUGUGGAUCGCUCAAGGACUCCCGCUUCUUUGGAAACUUUAAGGAUCAGGUGGACAAGUUUGAAGAGAAACUGGCACUGCUGGAUGGCCUGCUAUUGUGCAUGAACAAGGUUCAGAGAAAGUGGGUCUACCUUGAGCCGAUCUUCGGGCGAGGCUCUCUACCUCGUGAGAAGGAGCGUUUCGACAAGGUCAACAACCAGUACCGCCAGAUCAUGAAGAACGUGGGCUCGCAAAAGAAGGUGAACUACUUGUGCACGGUGCGUGGGCUGAAGGAUCAGUUCGCCAAUAUGCUGGACCAGCUGGAGCGGUGCCAGAAAGCUCUCAACAGUUUCCUGGAAGAGAAGCGGUCCGCAUUCCCGCGGCUGUACUUCAUCGGCGACGAGGAUCUGCUGGAGAUCUUGGGUCAGUCCAGCAACCCAGAAGUGAUCCAAGCUCACUUGAAGAAACUCUUUGCGGGCAUCGCUACCGUGGACUUCGACCCCAACAUCACCCGUAUUGUGGCCAUGAACAGUUCCCUCAAGGAAAAUGUGCCAUUGGGCAAUCCAGUGGUGGUGCGAGAGGGCGAAGAGCCUUUGCCAGUCGAGGAGUGGUUGUCAAACUUGUCCAACGAGAUGUUCUCAACGCUUGCAACACAGCUUCAGGGCUGUUAUGCUCAGUCGGAGAUGGAUAUGCAGCAGUUCGAGAGGUACCCUUCUCAACUUCUCUGCUUGAGUGCAAACAUCCACUUCACCUACAGCGUUGAGAAGUUCAUGAGCAACGGCCAGCUUCUCCAGUUGAAGGGCGACCUGCAAUCGCAGCUGAGCUCUUUGACAUCUUUGUCCUUCGAUGGGGCCCUUGCUCAGGCAAAGUUGAAAUCUCUGAUCCUGGAUCUGAUCCACAACAUCGCAGUGCUGGAGGACCUCUUGGUGCAGAAGGUUCAGAAGCUCUCGGAUUGGAGCUGGUUCCGGCAGCUGCGGUACUACCUAAAGCAGGGGGCCAGCAUGCAGCAGAAGCCCUGCAGUGUGCGCAUGCUGGAGUGCGAGCAGUUCUACUCCUUUGAGUACCAGGGCAAUGCACCGAAGUUGGUGCAUACGCCUUUGACGGACAAGUGCUACUUGACGCUGAUGCAUGGCUUGCACCUGGGCUACGGGGGGAAUCCCUACGGCCCAGCCGGCACGGGCAAGACGGAGAGUGUGAAGGCGCUGGGCGGGUGUCUGGGGCGACAGGUCUUGGUCUUCAACUGCGACGAGGGCAUCGACUUUCAGGCCAUGGGCCGGAUCUUCGUGGGCCUGGUGCGGUGUGGGGCCUGGGGCUGCUUCGACGAGUUCAACCGCUUGCUGGAGGAGCAGAUGAGCGCCAUCUCCCAAUCCGUGCAGCUGAUCCAGGCAGCCAUCAAGAAUUCCCACUCCACCGUGCACCUCUUGAACCGGGACGUGCAGGUGAACCACAAUGCGGGCAUCUUCAUCACCCUGAACCCUGCCACCAAGGGCUACGGCGGGCGUCAGAAGCUGCCGGACAACUUGAAGCAGCUCUUCAGACCGGUGGCUAUGAGCGUGCCGGACAACGAGCUGAUCGCAGAGGUGAUGCUCUUCGCGGAGGGCUUCGGAAGCGCCAAGGUCCUGGCCCAGAAGAUCGUGUCUCUCUUCCUGCUGUCGCGGCAGCUGCUCAGCGCGCAGCAGCACUACGACUGGGGCCUGCGAGCGCUGAAGCCCAUUUUGACGCUGGCCGGGCGCCUGUUGCAGGACGCGAAGGCCGCGCAGAGCGAAGCGUUGAGGGAGGACGAGGAGGCGGUGCUGCUACUGAAGGCGGUGAGGAUGAACACUUUGUCCAAGCUCACGUUUGCCGACUCCAGGCGCUUCCAAGACCUGUGUGUGGACCUCUUCCCUGGUAUCAAUGUCAGGGAUAUUGAGUACAAAGAAUUGGAGGCGGUGAUCAGAGAGACUGUCAGAGAAAUGCACCUGGCUGAGAUUGACACACAGAUCUACAAGAUGCUGCAGUUCCACGAAGCCUGCCAGCAGCGCAUGGGUGUUGGGAUCGUGGGACCAUCCGGCUGCGGCAAAUCAACUAUCUGGAAAGUGCUGGAAACAGCAUACAAGAAGCAGGGCAAGAAGUACGUGGUUCAUGUGAUGAAUCCCAAGUCCAUGCACAGAAUCCGACUGCUCGGGCACAUGGACCAUGAUACCCGGGAAUGGUUUGAUGGAGUCCUGACAGCCAGUGCACGAAAAGUCAUCAAGGAGCCUUCGACAACCCACAAUUGGAUUGUUUGCGACGGGGACAUCGACCCGGAAUGGGUGGAAAGUUUGAACAGUGUCUUGGACGACAACCGCUUGCUGACGAUGCCCAACGGCGAGCGUAUUCAGUUCGGCACCAAUGUGAACUUCGUCUUCGAGACGGAUCACCUCCGGUUCGCAUCUCCGGCCACCAUCAGCCGCUUGACCAUGAUCUUCCUGUCUGAAGAAGACGUGGACGUGAAGCCUUUGGUCACCUCCUGGAUCCUGAAGCAGCCAGAGGAGCGCCAGGCGCAGCUGGAGGCCUGGUUCGACGAGCUCUUCUACCGGGCCUUGGAGUGGCUCUACAAAGGGCCCAAGGAGAUGGCCAUUGAGACCACCCGCAUGGGCAUGGUGAGCAACGUCUUGGGCCACCUCAGCAGGGGUGAGGAGUCGGAGGAUGGCCGCGGCAUCACCAAGCAGAACUUCCUGCUGGCCAUCUGCCGGGGCCUGGGCGGCAACGUCUCGGAGGAGGACCGGGCAGCCUUGACUCGGGAGGCCUUCAAAUGGGCCAACGAGAACAUGCCCGACCCCAGCCAGCCGUUGCAUUGCCAGGUGGUGGAGUCUUUGAUCGUGGGGUACCAGCUCUCCUCCGCGACCUCGGAGAUCACCUUGGAGGAGGUGCAGAGAUCUGCGGUGCUGCCGCCGCUGGUGCCCACCUCCACGGUGCUGCGGAACAUGGACCUCUUCUCCACUUGGCUGGCUCAGGAGCAGCCCUUCAUCGUGAGCGGCCCCGAGGGGGCGGGCAAGAACCUGCUCAUUCGCCACGCGAUCCAACGACUGCAGAACGAGUCGGACGCCUCGCUGAAUGUGGCGGUGCUUAACUGCAACGCGCAGACCUCCUCCAAGGACGUGCUUCAGAAGCUUCGCCAGUUCUGUAGCAUUUCCACUGGCAACACGGGGCGCAUCUACCGGCCCCGGGAAGGCAGGAGGCUGGUGCUGUACUUGAAGGACAUCAACCUGCCCACUCCGGACAAGUACGACACCUCUGAGAUCAUCAUGUUCCUGCAGCAGGCGGUCAUGCACAAGGGCUUCUAUGAUGAUGAUUUGGAGUUUGUGCAGCUGGAGCACAUCCAGAUUGUGGCUUCCAUUGCGCCAGCAAGCACUCUUGGGCGACAUCGCCUUGCAACUCGGUUCACUGCCAAUGUGCGGGUUUGCUCCAUCUCCUAUCCAACAUCAGAGGAGUUGGUGGAAGUCUACUCGCACUUCCUUCGAGCGACUUUGUCCGCUCCGCACUGGCAAGGAGUGGCCGAUCGAGCACAUGGCCUGUGCGACAAGGUUGCGGAAGCCAUGGUGGACAUCUACUCCAACAUGAAGGCCAAGUUUACGGUGGACGACCACGAGCACUACCUGUUCAACCCCCGGGACCUCACGCAGUGGAUUCUGCAAUUGCUGCGUUACGAGGUAGUCUCAGUGGAGACCUUCAUUGAGGCCUGGGCCUACGAGGCUGCCAGGAUCUUCCGGGACCGUCUGGUGGGGGACGAGGCCAAAAACCACUUCGACGCUUUGCUGCGCAACGCGCUGAUCCAGUACCUGGGCAUGGACGUGGAGGUGGACAAGCUGAUCUUUACCUCGAUGCUGACUCAGAAUGAGGAGGGCGUGCCAAGCGGGGAGAUGAAGAAGGUGACCAUAGAGGACUACAUGAAGAUGGUGCAGAACGGGCUGAAGUCGUAUCAGCGGGAGGUCAAAGAUCUGGACAUCGAGUUGGUGCCCGAAGUCUUGGAGCAGCUCAGCUGGAUGGAUCGGGCCCUGGCGGCGCCAGUGGCCAGCGAUCUGCUGGUGGUGGGCCGGUCCGGCGGGGGUAAGCGCUCGGUGAUCUCCCUGCUGGCGCACAUGCACCGCCUGGCCGUCUUCAGUCCGGCCCCUGCCCGGCGCUAUGGAGAGAAAGAAUGGAAGAGGGACCUGAAGCAAGUGAUGCAGAUGACUGGCGUGGAGAAGCAGCCGACCAUCUUGUUCCUGGAGGAUCACCACUUGCUGAAGUCGGAGUUUUUGGAGUCCAUCAACUCCCUGCUCAGCGCCGGGGACGUUCCAGGCAUUUGGACCCCCGAGGAGCUCGAGCCGCUGCUGGCGCCGCUCAAAGAGGAGUGGGCCGCCGCCCAAGGCCGUGGCGGGGGUGCCAGGACGCCCUUCGAGUACUUCUGCAACCAGGUGCAGCAGCGCUUGCAUGUGGUCCUGUCCAUGGACCCCUCCCACCCUCAUUUCCUGCCCUACUGCGCGGCGAACCCGGCGCUCUUCUCGUGCACUACGGUGCUUUGGCUGGACGAGUGGUCCGAGCAGAGCAAGACCAUCAUCGCGCAAAGGAUCCUCGGGGAGGAGAUCUUGGACUCCAAGAGGAACUUGGGCCCCAUGCUGCAGUUCAUCCACGCCUCCCAGGCCGCGAAGGGCGCGUGCCCCCGGCAUUUCAUCACGCUGCUCCAGGCGUGCCACGCCAUGUACUCGGCCAAGAUCUCCACGGCUUCCGGCCAGAGCUCGCACCUGCAGAAGGGCCUGUUGAAGCUGCAGGAGGUGAGCCAGACCGUGGAAAAGCUUCAGGAAGAUGCUAUCGCCAAGCAAACGGUCCUGGAGGAGAAGAAGAUCCUGGCGUCAGAGGCCCUGCAACGGAUCACCGCCGCCAUGCAGCGCUCCGCGGAGCGAAGGGCGGAGGUGGAGCAGUUGGAAGGCGUCACGCAAAUCGAGCAGGAGAAGAAUUCCGCGGAGAAGGCGCAGAUCGAGAAGGAGCUCUCUGAGAUUCAGCCCAUCUUGGAUUCUGCCAAGAAGGCGGUGGGCAGCAUCAAGCCGGAGCAUUUGAAUGAGAUCCGGGCGCUGAAGAUGCCCCCGGACCCCAUCCACGAUGUGCUGAACGGGGUGCUCCGCCUCAUGGGCAACUUUGACAACAGCUGGACCUCAAUGAAGAAGUUCCUGGCCGGCACCGGAGCCAUCCAGCGCAUCAUAAACUUCGACCCCCGGCAGAUCGAUGAGCAGACACGGCACGACGUGGAGAAGAUCUUGCGGGACAAGGCCAAUAGCUUCGACCAUGCCACCAUCUACCGCGUCUCCGUGGCCGCGGCACCGCUGGCCAAGUGGGUGGUGGCGUCCAUCCGCUACAGCACCGUCUUGGUGAAGGUAGCGCCCAUGGAGACGAAACUGAACGACGCUCUGGCAUCUCUGCAAGAGGCCCAGCAGAAGUUGGAGACCUACAAGGAGGAGCUGGUGGCCAUCGACGCGGACGUGGCGCGCUUGCAGGAGGACUUCGGGGCGCGGACCCGAGAGGCGGAGGCGCUGCGGGUGGACCUGGAGCGGGCCACCACCACGCUAGAGAAGGCGGACAGCCUGAUGACCAAGAUGUCCGGGGAGAAGGAUCGCUGGGAGCUGCAAGUGGGGGAGAUCCAGCGCGACGCGGCGCUGCUGUCAACCCAUACUUGCCUCUCUGCGGCCUACUGCACCUACCUGGGACAUUUCUCGGAGGAUAUCAGACAGCAGGCACACCACCAGUGGACCGAGAGUCGGGGCAUCACCACCUUUGACUUCCUGCGGAUCAUGUCCUCCGAGAGCGAGCUGCUCACUUGGAAGGCCCAGGGCCUUUCGGCGGACCGCCUCUCCCAGGAGAAUGCAGUGAUGAUCAACGCUGGGAUCCAGGUGCCCUUCAUCGUGGACCCCAACUCGCAGGCCUUGGAGUGGCUGAAGCAGACCAACCCCUCGGCGGAGAUCGUGCUGCAGCAGGACCCCAAGCUGGUGAGCCAGCUGGAGCUCUCCGUGCGCUUCGGGAAGGUCUUGAUCAUCCAAGAGGUUGAUGGCAUUGACAACUACCUUGUGCCGCUGCUGCGGAGGGAUAUGAUCCGCCAGGGCCCUCGCAAGGCUGUUCAGAUCAGUGACAAGAUGUGUGACUUCGAUGACAAUUUCAAGCUUUUCCUUUGCACGCGGAACAGCAGUGCCAUCGAGAUGCUGCCGCCGAACACCGCUUGCCUGGUGACGCGGGUGAACUUCACCGUGACGCGCGCCGGGCUGGAAGGUCAGCUGCUGGGGGUGACGCUGCAGCACGAGAAGCCGGAGCUGGAGCAGCGGAAGAGCGAGCUGCUGCAGAAGGAGGAGGCCUUGAAGGUGGAGCUCUCGAACCUGGAGAAGCAGCUGCUGGAGCAGCUGGCGGACAGCCGGGGCAACAUCCUGGAGAACGAGCCUUUGAUCCAGUCGUUGGAAGGCACCAAGGCCGCGGCCACCACCAUCACCGAGUCCCUCACCGAGUCCACGCGGCUGCAGAUGGACCUGGACCAGCAGCGGGAGGUGUACCGGCCUUUGGCCACUCUGGGCUCCAGGAUCUUCAUCCUGGUCAAGGAGCUGUCGGUGAUUGACCACAUGUACCGCUUCUCUCUGGAGGCCUUCAUGACGCUCUUCAACAAGGUGCUGAACCUUCAGCUGGGCACAGAGAACACGGAGGACAAGCUCCGGCAGCUGGGGAAUCAGCUGAAGAUCGUGGUGCUCUUCUACCUCUCCCGAUCUUUGUUCAAGGCGGACAGGUUGACCUUCGGCAUCCACAUGGUGAAGGGCAUCAUGCCGGAGAAGUUCGAGCCCAACGAGUGGGAGCUCUUCCAGGGUGCCUACAUCCCCCCGAGUCAGCCCACCAGCCCUCCCCCCGGCUGGUGCCCGCCAGACAGGCAGGUGGCACUGCAGACCUUGCGCGCCACCUUCCCUAGGAUCGACGAGCAGUGGCAGCUGAACAAGGAGUCUUUGUGGGCGCCCUGGGUCGCUUCUGACAAGUGCGAGGAGUCCUUCGAUGGUUCCGUGUAUUCCCGCAUGACUGCCUUCCAAAGGGUGUUGCUCGUUCAGGCUGCUCGGCCAGACCGCUUGGAAUCCACGCUCACGCAGUUCGCCUGUGAGACCUUGGGCGUGUCCUCGCUGUCUCCACCAGCACUGAGUCUGAGUCGUCUCUUCAAGGAGGAGACGAGCAACAAACUGCCCAUUCUGUUUGUGACGACCCCUGGCGCCGAUCCUUCUGCGGAGCUGGAUGACUUUGCCAAGCAGUAUGCUGCAGAGAGCGCGCCCAGCAUGAACUUCCACCAGCUUGCUAUGGGAGGUGGCCAGAAUGAUGAUGCCAUUCGCAUGCUGCAUGAAGCGGCCAGGUCAGGUGAUUGGAUUUGCCUGAAAAACUUGCAUUUGGUGAUCAGCUGGGUGCCACUGCUGGAGAAGGAGCUCAAGAAUUUGACGCCUCACGAGAACUUUAGGUGCUGGCUGACAACAGAGGCCCAUGCCAAGUUUCCCACAAUUCUGCUGGAGACCUCGUUGAAGGUGACCUAUGAGGCGCCACCCGGGGUGAAGAAGAAUAUGCUGAGGACACUGGAGUCCUGGAACCAGAAUUGGUUCGGCCAGGGCAACGACCUGCGUUCCCGGGUGAUCUUCCUGUGUGCCCACUUCCAUGCCAUCAUGCAGGAGCGGCGCACCUACAUCCCCCAGGGCUGGACCAAGUUCUACGAGUUCUCCCAAAGCGACCUGCAAAGUGCCUGCGAGACGGUGUCGCUGCUGGUGAAGGCGGGCGAGGCCGGCAAGAGUGCGAAUCCAGGGUCUGCGGGCAUUGACUGGGUCACACUCAUUGGGGUUCUGGAGCUGGCGGUGUAUGGAAGCCGCGUGGACAAUGAGUUUGACUCGCGCCUGGUGCACGAAUACCUGACGAUGUUCUUCAAAAGUGAAACUCUGGAUGGUGGAAGGCGGAAAACAGGCGUGGAGAUCCCGGCCUUCGACCUGCCCGCUUCCACCAACAUGGCGGACUUCCGGGCGAGGGUGGAGCAGCUGCCGGACCUGGACAACCCGGCGUCCUUCGGCAUGGCGCCCAACGCAGACCGGUCCCUGCAGCGCAUCAACUCCGCCAAGGCCAUCUCGUUGCUGCGGCAGCUGGCUGCGGGCCAGGGGGACGGCGCGGCGGCGGCGGGCCAGGUGGACAUGAAGGUCUGGAGGGCGCAGCUGGCGCCGCUCUUCACCAUCUGGGAGAAUGUCAGUAAGGGCCAGCUCAGCAAGCUGCGGGGGGUGGAGAUCCGGGCGGUGAUGCCUGAGGAUCCCCCAACGGUGGCGUUCAUCUUGAUGGAUGCCGCAGAGGCGCACCGCCUGGGUGAGCUGGUGACCAAUGCGCUGUCAACGCUGCAGCGGGUCGUCAGCGGCAGUGCCCUGAGCACACCAGACCUGCAGGUGCAGGCCAAGGCGCUGAUCCGCGGUGAGGUGCCGCACAGUUGGGCCGCCACCUGGCCCUCUGCGCCGGAGGAGCCCUCGCUGUAUCUGCAGGGCCUGGCCAAGCGGAUCGUAGCCCUCAAGGGGGACUGGAUCCGGCGAGUGAACUCCAGGGACGUCACCAGCCAGCCGGUGAGUCUCAACGACUUUUUGCGGCCGGACGUGUUUUUGAACGCCCUGCGCCAGCAAUCCGCGCGGAAGCUGGCCAUCUCCAUCGACAACUUGCACCUGGUGGCCACUUUCGAGCCACACCUCUUAAGCGACGAGUCCUCGCCGCUGCCGGUGACAGUGCAGGAGAGGUCCCCUCUGCCUGAGGAGCUGAUCUUGGAAGGCUGUAGUUUCGACGAGGCCAAGCGGGUGCUCGUGGAGGGCCAAAGGACCUCGCCCCUGGUCUCGAUGCUGCCGCCGCUGACCAUCUCCUGGAUGUCCACAGUGUCACACCCCGAGCGCACGGCCUCCUCCGCGCGGGCUGCGGGCACGAUUUCCCUGUCCUGGCCUUGGCUUGGUGAAGCACUGGCCAACUUGCACGCGCAAGGCAUGGAGGUCAGCGCCUGGGCGCCGAGGCAUGCUGCGCCGGUCCACGCCCCGAGAGCGGUGCGAAGGUCGGCGCCUGCCAACCUGCCCAAGCUCUCCGCUGGCGCAGGCGCAUUUUUGGCUGUGCACGCAGCCACUCGAGUCUCGAGAAGCCGCAGAAGGGUCAUUGCGCGAGUGGCAUCGGUGGACGAGCCAAAAGUGGAGGAGACAGAUUCCAAGCGGGGAAGGGGCAUCGUGGUGCCAAUGACCCGAGUGGAAGGUUUGGAGGAAGUGAAGCUGGCCCUCAAGUUGGCCUGCAUUGAUCCCUCUCUUGGUGGAGUAGGCAUUUCUGGCGGCCAUGGCACAGGGAAGACGACGCUGGCUCGCUCCCUUCGAGGAGUCCUUCCAAAGAUAGAGGUUGUGGAUGGCUCCAUCUGCAACUGCGACCCUUCCAAGCCCGCCGAGUGGGAUGUGCUCAGCAAGGAGCGCAUGAAGAAAGAUGAUAAGGGCGAGGCUGUGGCGAAGGUCAUCGACUGCCCAUUCAUCGAGCUGCCUUUGGGCUGCACAGAGGAUCGCCUGGUGGGAUCAUUGGAUGUUCAGGCAUCAAUGGAUGCGGGCCGGCCGGUCUUUGAGCCGGGCUUGCUCGCACGCGCACACCGCGGAGUUUUGUACAUUGAUGACGUGAACUUGCUCCAGGACGAUGACCUGGUCAGCUUGCUGUUGACCGCUGUUGAGAGCGGCGUGAACCGCGUCGAGCGCGAGGGGCUGUCAGUGGCGCACCCUUGUCGGCCACUGGUGGUAGCCACCUGGAACCCAGAGGAAGGGCCGCUGCGCCCACACCUGCUGGACAGACUGGCAGUCUCGUUGAACACGGAUGUGGACACGGUUUACACGGACCUGGACGACCGCGUGGCCGCAGCGAUGUCUGCCUUCGACUUCUCGGAGAGGCCUGCGGCGUCCCUUGAAGAAAGCAGUGGAGACGUUUCUGCCAUGCAGACUCAGCUCCUGUUUGCCCGCGAGUUUCUCAAUGAUGUGACCAUCACGGAGGACCAGCAGCUGCGCCUCGCGGAGGAGGCGAGCCGUGGCGGCUGCGAGGGCCACCGCGGGGAGGUCUUCGCGGUGAAGAUCGCCCGGGCCCACGCGGCCCUGGAAGGCAGGGAUCAAUGCAACGCUGACGACUUGAAGCAGGCCAUCAAGUUGGCUAUUUUGCCGCGUAUCAGAGUCCAGGAAGCCCAGAUGGAGGAGGAGGUUGAGGAAGAGGAGGAGCCACCACCGCCACCGCCUCCUCCCCCACAGGACGACAUGGAUCCUGAGGAGACAUGCCUCCUCCUCCAGAGGACCAGGAGGAGGAGGAGCAGGACGAGGAGGAAGAUGAUGAGCCUGACCAAGACGAAGACCAGGAAGAUCAAGAUCCCGAUGUGCCGGAAGAGUUCAUGA